AUGCCCGCCUUCCGGCAAGUGGGGGAGAAGCAGCUGCCCCAGGAGGUCGUCUUCAUGGCCUGGUCCCCCAAAAGGGACCUUAUCGCCCUGGCCAACAGAGCGGGUGAGGUUUUACUUCAUCGGCUUGCAAACUUUCAACGAGUGUGGAGUUUGCCUCCAAAUGAAAAUACAGGAAAAGAAGUGACUGCUCUUGCUUGGAGACCAGAUGGCAAAAUUUUGGCUUUUGGCCUUACUGAUACCAAGCGGAUUAUUCUGUGUGAUGUAGAAAAACCUGAAAGCUUGCACUCCUUCUCUGUGGACUCAUCUAUUACUUACAUGCAUUGGAUGGAAGUAACUGAGGAAAGCAGUGUCCUCACUUCCUUUUACAAUGCUGAGGAUGAAUCAAAUCUCCUUUUGCCUAAAUUACCAGCACUACCAAAAAAUUACAGUACUACUGCAAAAAUUUUCAGUGAAGAAAAGUCAGAUGAGAUUAUGAAGCUUCUGGGUGAUGUAAGGCUUAAUGCUCUUGUCCUUGGUGGCAGCUCAGGAUUUAUUGAGAUUUAUGCUUAUGGAAUGUUCAAGAUUGCUACAGUAACUGGGGUGGCAGGUUCUUGUCGUGGACUAUGCUUGUCUAGUGAUUUGAAAUCGCUGUCGGUUAUUACAGAGAUACGAGGCUCUUCAGACAGCGAAGCAGAGAUAACGUAUUUUCAGCUGGACACUAGUCUGUUAUCAAGUUACUUACCUGAGGUAACUCGAAUGGCCCGGAAGUUUACUCACAUUUCAACUCUGUUACAGUAUAUAAAGUUGUCACUGACGUGCAUGUGUGAAGCGUGGGAAGAAAUAUUGAUGCAGAUGGACUCACGGCUAACAAAGUUCGUACAGGAAAAGAACACAACCACUUCUGUUCAGGAUGAGUUUAUGCAGCUGCUGUUAUGGGGCAAAGCAAGUCUGGAACUUCAGGCAUUACUAAUGAACCAACUGACGGUAAAGGGUUUAAAAAAACUUGGUCAGUCCAUAGAGUCUUCCUAUUCCAGUAUACAAAAGUUGGUCAUAAGUCAUUUGCAGAGUGGCUCUGAGGCACUGUUAUACCACUUGAGUGAACUGAAAGGAAUGGCUUUAUGGAAACAAAAAUACGAGUCUCUGGGAUUAGAUGCAUCUGGAAUUGAAGAGGCUAUUACUGCUGUUGGUUCUUUCAUCCUGAAAGCAAAUGAGCUGCUUCAAGUUAUCGACAGUAGUAUGAAAAACUUCAAAGCAUUUUUUCGAUGGCUGUAUGUUGCCAUGUUGAGGAUGUCAGAAGAUCAUGUGCUUCCCGAGCUGAACAAGGUAAUGACUCAAAAAGAUAUCACAUUUGUUGCUGAUUUUCUUACUGAACACUUCAAUGAGGCACCAGAACUUUAUAAUCGUAAAGGAAAAUAUUUCAAUGUGGAGAGAGUUGGCCAGUACUUGAAAGAUGAAGAUGAUGACCUUGUAUCACCACCUAAUACAGAGGGAAACCAGUGGUUUAACUUUCUUAAAAAUAGUACUCAUCUUAAAGAAAGUCCGCUUUUGUUUCCCUACUAUCCUGCGAAAUCAUUGCAUUUUGUCAAAAGGCAAAUGGAAGGGGUCAUUGAUCGGUGUUUACAAAAGCCAGCGGAUGUAAUUGGAAAGUCAGUGCGUCAAGCAGUCUGCAUGUGUCUCUACAAAACUUCUCAAAGCGAAGAUUCCACACCUCAAUUAUUUAAACUACCAUUUCUGUGGAAUGACAAAACGUCCAAUAUACAUUAUGUUCUCUUCACCAUAUUAGAAAAUUCUAUUUCUAAAAUAUACAUUUUGAGGAGACAUACUGAUACUUCCAGGUCUGUCAGUAAUGGAAUUCUUGGAGUAGAUUUUGGAAGCUUCUUGAGCAACAGUAUAAAUGACAGCUCAGACUCCAGAUGCUACAGUUGUUUAGAUGCACACUUCUAUGAUGAUGAAACUGUAACUGUAGUUCUGAAGGAGAGUGUGGAAAAAGAGGAGAAAGAGAGAGUCUUGGCUCAGCUGCCUUUAUCUUCAGUAUACACAGAUGAGGACCAAGAUAGGGAAUUCAUCUGGGAUUCUACAAAAAGGCUGGAUGAGCAAAAUGGUGAGAUAUCCACAUGUACUGUCUUCUUGGAGAAUCAGUGGAGAGUGUUGGAGAAUAUGAAAGCUCAGUAUGUUUCUGUAAAUGGCAUUAGAAAAGUUUCCUGUGUGCUAAGUUCAAAUCUCCGUCAUGUGAGGGUGUUUGAGAUGGAUGUAGAGGAUGAUGGGGAAGUUGAGGAAGAAGAGGAAGAAGAAACAACUCAGAUUGCAGCUGGGGAACCUGAUGAGCUAAAUCAGUCUGCAGAUAACCAGGACAAUGUGUGUAGUGCAUCUGCUGAAGAGCUACCUGAUGAAACUGAAGAACAUGAUUCAAGUCUGGAUCCUUGACAUAGGCUUUUAUACUGGUAAAGGGAGAAGACUGUAAUCUCACUUCAGGCUGCUGAGACGAUGUAUCCUGUACCUCCUCAAGCGGCUUUAGUAAGAUGUUGUGUGUCAGAAUUCUGUAUUGCUUCUCAGCUAAGACUCUCUGUGUUCUAGAGUACGUUUAUUUGAUCCAUUUUUUGUCUGGCACAUGGUUUGGUAUGAACUAAAUUUCCUUGAGAGCUUUUCCAUUUUUUAAUAGGUGAGGAAAAAAAGAAAUACCAGCUGACGUUUUUGGAGUUAACCUGUUCAGUUCUGAAUACUGUUAUUAAGAUAAAAUGAACUUGUUUGUGAAAACAACAAAACUCAGGACCGAAUUCUUUUCUUCUCAGACUUUGUGUUCUAGUAAUGGCUACAGAAGCUUCCUGUACAGCUGAAAUUUAAGAGCGUGUAUGGCCAACAACAAGCUUGCAGAUCACCAUAAGACUAGUUAGACAACAAAAUUUAGCAAUUGUUGCUUAAAUACAUACUUCUAAAAACUCUUUUGAUAACAUCUAUACUUAGUAACACAGUAUUUCAAUCUGUGCAGUUCUUCAGUCCUCAGCGCAACAUUUGUGUGCGUAUAUGUGUGUAUGUUUUUUGUCAAAUGUUUGUAUGUCUUAGACUGCCUAGUUUCUGUGAGAUUGUUCCUGCAAGUCUGUCUUCUCCAUUUGUUAUUUUUGUAAUGAAAAGUUAAAACAG